AUGGCUCCCGCUAAGACCUCCACCGCCGCUGUCAAGAAGUCCAAGUUCAUCAUUGACUGUUCUGCUCCUGCUAACGAUAAGAUUUUCGAUGCUGCUGCUUUCGAAAAGUAUCUCCAUGAUCGUAUCAAGGUUGAAGGUCGUACCAACAACCUCGGUGAUGCCGUUACUAUCUCUCGUUCUGCUGAUAACAAGAUCACUGUUGUUGCCAACAUUGCCUUCUCUAAGCGUUAUCUCAAGUACCUCACCAAGAAGUUCUUGAAGAAGAACCAAAUCCGUGAUUGGCUCCGUGUUAUUGCCACCGACAAGCAAACCUUCGAACUCCGUUACUUCAACAUUGCUAACGAUGAUGAAGCCGAAGAUGAUGAAUAA